AUGUCGGACCCCAACUCCCUGACGAAUUGUCGCUUCUACGAGGAAAAAUACCCGGAAAUUGAGAGUUUUGUGAUGGUGAAUGUCAAACAGAUCGCCGAAAUGGGCGCCUACGUCAAGCUCCUCGAAUACGACAACAUCGAUGGCAUGAUCCUCCUCUCCGAACUCUCGCGAAGACGUAUCCGUUCCAUCCAGAAACUCAUCCGCAUCGGUCGCAACGAAGUCGUCGUGGUCCUGCGAGUGGACAAAGAGAAGGGCUACAUCGACCUGUCUAAGCGAAGAGUCUCGGCUGAAGAUAUCGUGCGCUGCGAAGAGCGGUACAACAAGAGCAAGUCGGUGCAUUCCAUCAUGCGGCACGUGGCCGAAAAGACGAAGACGCCCAUUCUGAAGCUGUACGAGCACAUCGGCUGGCCGCUCAACCGGAAGUACGGCCACGCCAACGACGCCUUCAAGCUCUCCAUCACCAACCCCGACGUGUGGAACGACGUGACAUUCCCUAACGAGAUGGUCAAGCACGAGUUGAUGACGUACAUCAGCAAGAAACUCACGCCGCAUCCGACCAAGGUCCGGGCCGACGUCGAGGUGACCUGCUUCAAGUACGAGGGCAUCGACGCCGUCAAGGCCGCGCUGAGGCAAGCCGAGGCCAGAAAUUCCGCCGAGACGCAGGUCAAGGUCAAGCUGGUUUCUCCUCCGCACUACGUCCUCACCAGCCAGUGUCUGGACAAGGGUAUGGGCAUCCAAUUGCUCGAGCAGGCAAUCAAAGACAUCGAUGAGAAUAUCAAGGGAGCCGGGGGGGCGUGUGUGGUCAAGAUGGCCCCGAAGGCCGUGACAGAGCAUGAUGACGCCGAACUGCAGGCACUGAUGGACAAGAGGGCACGGGAGAACGAGGAGGUCAGUGGCGACGAGGAUGUGAGCGAGAGUGAUGAAGGGCCAGAGGUUGCAUAA